CACAGCGCCGCCAGGUCCGCGCUUGCAGGGUCCUUCCCGCCACCGCAGGAGCCACCGCCGUCGCCUGACUGACCAUGGCCGAGGAGCUGAUCCUGGAGAGAUGUGACCUAGAGCUGGAGGCCAAUGGCCGUGACCACCACACAGCUGACCUCUGCCAGGGGAGGCUGGUGGUGCGGAGGGGUCAGCCCUUCUGGCUGACGCUGCACUUGGAGGGCCGAGGCUAUGAAGCCAGUGUGGACAGCCUCACCUUCAGCGCCGAGACUGGCCCAGCCCCCAGCGAGGAGGCGGGGACCAAGGCCCGCUUCCCGCUGUCCGAUGCUGUGGACGAGGGGGCCUGGACAGCCUCAGUGGUGGACCAGCAGGACAAGGUUCUGUCACUGCAGCUCUGCACGCCAGCCAAUGCCCCCAUCGGCCUGUACUGCCUCACCCUGGAGACCUCCACCGGCUACCAGGGCUCCAGCUUCGUGCUGGGCCACUUCACCCUGCUCUUCAAUGCCUGGUGCCCAGCGGAUGCUGUGUAUCUGGACUCAGAUGCAGAGCGGCGGGAGUAUGUCCUCUCCCAGCAGGGGUUCAUCUACCAGGGCUCACCCAGGUUCAUUAAGAGCAUGCCAUGGAACUUUGGGCAGUUUGAAGAUGGGAUCCUGGACAUCUGCCUGAUACUUUUGGAUAUCAACCCCAAGUUCUUAAGGGACUGUGGUCGAGACUGCUCACGACGCAAUAACCCGGUCUACCUGGGCCGGGUGGUGAGUGCCAUGGUCAACUGUAACGAUGACCAGGGCGUGCUUCUGGGCCGCUGGGACAACAACUACGGGGACGGUGUCAGCCCCAUGUCCUGGAUCGGCAGUGUGGAUAUCCUGCGGCGCUGGAAGGACCAUGGCUGCCAGCACGUGAAGUACGGCCAGUGCUGGGUCUUCGCCGCUGUGGCCUGCACAGUGCUGCGGUGCCUCGGCAUCCCCACCCGAGUCGUGACAAACUACAACUCGGCACAUGACCAGAACAGCAACCUGCUCAUUGAGUACUUCCGCAAUGAGUUCGGGGAGCUCGAGGCCAACAAGAGCGAGAUGAUCUGGAACUUCCACUGCUGGGUGGAGUCGUGGAUGACUAGGCCCGACCUGGAAGUGGGCUACGAGGGGUGGCAGGCCAUCGACCCCACACCCCAGGAGAAGAGCGAAGGAACCUACUGCUGUGGCCCAGUUCCGGUGCGUGCCAUCAAGGAGGGCGACCUGAGCACCAAGUACGACGCACCUUUCGUCUUUGCCGAGGUCAAUGCUGACGUGGUGGACUGGAUCCGGCAGGAGGAUGGGUCCGUGCACAAGUCCGUCAACCGGUCCCUGGUCGUGGGGCUGAAGAUCAGCACUAAGAGCGUGGGCCGGGACGAGCGGGAGGACAUCACCCACGCCUACAAGUACCCGGAGGGGUCCGCAGAGGAGAGGGCAGCCUUCACGAGGGCCAACCACCUGAACAAACUAGCGGAGGAGGAGGAGUCGGGGGUGGCCAUGCGGAUCCGGGUGGGCCAGGACCUGAACAUGGGCAGUGACUUUGACGUCUUCGCCCAUAUCACCAACAGCACUGCUGAGAGGCGUGACUCCCGCCUUAUGCUCUGUGCCCGCACUGUCAGCUACAACGGGGUCCUGGGGCCCGAGUGCGGCACCAAGGACCUGCUCAAUCUGACCCUGGAGCCCUUCUCUGAGAACAGCAUUCCCCUUCGAAUCCUCUAUGAGAGGUACAGCAGCUACCUGACUGAGUCGAACCUCAUAAAGGUGCGGGGCCUCCUCAUGGAGCCGGCUGCCAACAGCUACCUGCUGGCUGAGCGGGACCUUUACCUGGAGAAUCCGGAAAUCAAGAUCCGGGUCCUGGGAGAGCCCAAGCAGAACCGCAGGCUGGUGGCUGAGGUGUCCCUGCGUAACCCACUCCCUGUGCCCCUUCUGGGCUGUGUCUUCACCGUGGAGGGGGCUGGCCUGACAAAGAAGCAGCAGUCCGUGGAGGUUUCAGACCCCGUGGAGGCAGGGGAAGAAGUCAAGGCGAGGGUGGACCUGAUGCCCGUUGAUGUGGGUCUACACAAGCUGGUGGUGAACUUCGAGUGCGACAAGCUGAAAUCUGUGAAGGGCUAUCGGAAUGUCAUCAUCGGCCCCGCCUAAGGGACCCCUUUACCCAGCCCACCUCAGCCUGCUGAGAGCCCUCAACUGACCUAGUUAUCCUAUGAUAAUGAGCAAAAGCUGCCCCCUGGGGCGGGUGGGCUGCCUGGGGGCUCUUUGGAAUGGAAUGUAUUUCUGGCCCAUCUUGCCACUCUGAGCCUAGUUCUCUACCUGUCUGCCUUAGCUGUGAGGAAUGUUCUGUGCCAACACAGUGGGAAUCCUGACCUUGGCCGACUGGAGCUGGGAGAGAGGGGUCCCACACCUCCUUACCUAGCCCAGGUGCCUUUGGGAAGCAAUGAGGACCCACCACACUGUCCUGUCUACUCCAGCGCCCCUGGGAGUGGGCAAAAAGGAUGGCGUGUCCACUGGCUAGAUCAAUGAACUCUGCCCCAGUUUGUCCUGUGCCUCUUCCUUGACUGCGCCCAGGUUCCAGGGGCCCUCGGGAGAGCUGGAGCAGGAGGUGAUGGGGAACAGGCCCAGUUCAAGCCCCUUCCAGAUCCCAGCAGCCCUGGCCCAACAACCUCCCCCCACCUCCUCACUGUGAGGCACCUGCUGUGUGCCUCAUGGGGUCACAGGACCCGGGAGGCCACAGAGCAGGUGCUACCUCCUCCAUGAGGAGGCUGAACCCUGAAUGGGGAGGCAGCCGCUCUGCUCUCAUGGGGCAUGGGCAUCACAGAAAUGUCACAGACUCCAGGGCUCUGUGACACAAGCUCUGACCUGAGAAUGUCAGACAGGCCAUUUCAGGACUGAUCUGAAAGGGCCCAACUGGGGCAAAGAGGAGGGGGUAGGGAGCUGGUGGCUAAAGCCCUGGGUUCAAGCCCCAAGUCCAUCUUCUGCAUUCGGAACCUCAAUUUCCUCGCAAAUCAGCAGAGCAAUUAAAGCAUCAUCUCCUGGGCCCCUCAGCCCUGCAUUUCUGAUUCCCUACACGGCCCAGCCUUGAAAACAAGCAUGGGUCCACUCCCUGCGCCACACAGCUUCCGCUGCAGGCCUGGAUGUCUCUGACAGUGAGACUGUGACCACUGCCCUGUCCCCAGCCCUGUCCUGCUUCCCAACUACACCCAGCUUCCUCCCUCCAGAUCCAGUUCUAGGGAGAAGAGCCCUCGGUGGCCCUGUCCUACCCACGAGCUGCCUACCGCAGUGCCUGGUCAUCACAAGAGCCUUAGCUGCCUGUGCUGUCCGCUGACAGCAAGGUCAGGAUCUCCACCUGCCCCUCCUCACAGACCAGCAUCCUGGACACAGCCCUUGCCCCUGAGCAAGCUUGGGAGUGGUCAGCUAAGUUCAAGUUCACUCCACUCUCUCUGCAUGAUGGGGCCUCCCAAAGGCUGGAGAUUACAGCCUCUAGGGGCCCCAAAGUCCCAGGUCACGCUGACACCUUUAAAAGUUUCUGCUUUGCACAAAGAAGAAUCACCAAAUGAGCCAGCACAUCUGUCCUAUAGCAGCAGCUCCAGCUGUCCGCACUGUGUCAAAGCCUGCGGGCUCCAGCAGGCAGGCAGGCUAUGUGCUUUUGAACCACGAGGAGCAAGCACUGAAAUUAAAGAAUUUACU